AUGGCAUCAUACCUGACCGGCAGCGAGGCCUUCACCCGCGAGAAGCAAGCCACCUCCGAUACAAAUACAUCCACAGCAGCCUGGGCCGACAAGUACCGCGGUGCAACAAUUGAAGACCUCGACCCUCCCCCGGCGCUUUCAAUCUCCUCUCAAGACCCUGUUUCUACAGCCCUAAUGGCCGCCUACGAGCGCGACUACACGCACCUUACCGUUAUUUCCCCGACAAAGCGAUCCCUGCUGGGCUACCUCAGCAUCCCACGGCUACGGGAGCUGCUGCAGAGCGGCACCGUGAAAGAAAACGACCCAGUCUCAGCGGCGAUGCAGCGGUUUAACCGCAAACGCGGUAUCUACCAGGUCAUCACGAUGGAUACGCCGCUCGAGGAGCUCGAGCAGUUCUUCGAGAGCGAGAUGGGGCCAAAUGGCGAGAAGCGGGAGAAGCAGCAGUUUGCUGUUGUCACUGAUGUGGCGCGCAAGUUUGUGCUUGGUGUUGCUACUAAGGCGGACUUGGAGGAGUUUGUCAAGCGCAGACCUACCUAA